AAUCAUCGAUACACACCAGCUGUUGCAUAAGACAGCGUGGGUGCACUCGUGUGAAGUCCUGAUGGACGGAUGCAAGUGUCAUUCCUCGAUCCACCAGCCCCCCAGGGACUCACCAUGGCCAGCGCCACUCCAACCUUCGCAGAGCUCAAGAGCCUGUCGGCCGCGUGUAACAAGCUCUGGGAGCUUGACACCAACCGGCUGGAGCCCAACGUGCACUAUGAACUGAACUUACAGGAAGGCAAGACCGCCUAUGCCCGCGGCGAUGCGGCUCGUGAUCCGCUCUUCACGUUCGUAGACCCAUGCGUGUUUGAACGCCGCACAUACAAGCUGCUCUUUGACCUGCUUGACAACUACGAGCGUGAGACGGGCGUGACGGAGAGAGUGACUCCCAAGGAGCUGGCAGAGAAUAACGCCUUCCUGAAUGCCGUGAUCGACACGGCUCCCAUGCGCUAUGCGCACGCUUGGUUGGUGAAGAACAAGAAGUUUACGGGAGAUAUGCAGGACUUCAAGAAGAAGUUGGAGUUCAUUUGGUUUGGACUGUACCGCCGUGAAGUCCGCAAUGACUCAUCGGGUUUCGAACACGUCUUUGUGGGCGAGGAGAAGAAUGGGAAGAUCUGUGGCUGCCACAAUUGGCUUCAAGUUUACAAUGAGGAGCGCCAUGGCCGCAUCGACUACAGAGGCUACAUCCGUCCCAAGCAACGUGGAUGCAAGUUCAUGGAGCCCCACAACAAGGAGCAGCUCAUUACGUUCCAGUUCCAAUGGGAAGACGAGAUGAAGCCUGUGUCCACGAGCUUGAUCGGAGUGAGCCCGGAGUUCGAGAUGGCCUUGUACACUAUGUGCUACCUCAAUGGCCAGGAGAACAACCACGUCCAGCUCGGCCCGUACCUGUGCAACAUCAAGUGCUUCAGUUUCGGACGUGGCAAGGACACUAAGAUCGGAACGGCCUUCCCCGAAGCGCUACCUUUGACUGAGGCUCAGGCCGCGACCAAGAUCCAGGCCAUCCUACGUGGCUCUCACGCGCGCGUUCGGAACCCACAUGUCCGUCGCCAGGCUCCACCGCCUCCUCCUGGUGCUGCGUGGGGUCCACCGCCUGGAGGUGUUGCUACCCCAGCCCCGCAGCCAACUCGAUCGACUGGAAAUGCUUGGGCUAAACCUUUUACGCAGGCUGCUCCUUCCGCCCCUGCUGUCGCUGUCGCUGCCGUCGCAGGCCCAGCACCCACCGGUGCGUGGGCCAAGCCGCACAAGUGGUAAUGAAUCCAAGACUGAUCCCAGUGCACAUAGUACAGCAUCCGGUCGCCUGUCAGUGCAGAUACCAUGUAGAUAUAAUCGACAACGGGAAUCUUUGCCUGGGUUUUAGUAUCCGUUUCGAGGCUUCAUCCCAAU